GUGGGCUGGUGUCAGCAUGACGUUUGUUGUCGUGCUCUGUCUACUGCAGGUGUUGGAUGGUAUUGUCGGCACAGGUGGAUGGUUCCUGCCUAACACAGUUGAAACGGCAAGCGGACGAACCAAAUUUAUUUUGGUAAAGAACAAGGUGUCGUGGAGAGUAGCGUUCGAUGCGUGCAAGAACUUGGGCGCAUCUUUGACAAGAGUUGACACCCCUGCCGUUCAGCGGGAACUGACGUCAUUUGCCAAUAACCAAUGGAUCAACGACUGGGACGAGGCCUGGAUAUCCCUGGUCUGGCACCAAGAUGGCACCACGCAGACGCUGGUAUGGGCAGACGCCUGCCAGACGGCCAACACGUCACAGUGGGCCAACUUCGAGAAAACGGAUGACGCUCAGUACACAAACGGCGAAGAAUGUUACUCACUCGACAAAUUGAACCUGAAAUGGAACAAGAAAAACUGUGCCAUCAGUCAAUAUUUCUUAUGUACAAAAAUGGAAUAUUACAACUUUUCAAAAACUGAGGGCUAUGAGCCUGUGGACAUAGCCUUGUACCCGGUCCGACCACAAGCCCCAACUAGCGAGGACUGUAACGCUUUCUGCGACAGGGUCUUUGGGUGUUUCAUGACGUCAUUUACAGACGAGACCGGCUGUGUUCUGGCGCUUAUAAAUUCUACAACCAAAUCUUUCGUCAAAUCCGACCGGAUCAUAGCGGAAGUUUCUAACAUUUCCGUGAAUGAUUUGGCAUCCAUUGACCAGUCGACAACCAGAACGUUCAAUGCAUGCGACACGUCUGUCAUUACUAGCAGUCUACCAGAUGGCUACAUUUUCAUUGAAGGUAUUCAAGUGUCAUUAUCAUCGUCUUGUACAACUGAAACAUUGACGGUGUCCGCACAACCAACAGAAUUACCCACACUGCCUUGCAGCUCUACGCCGGAAGCCGGGACAACCUCCACACCCACCUGCACGCCAAAUGUGGCGGCGGUUAAUCUAACCAACGAGCAAAAGGACGCCAUGCUCAGUUCCAUAGUUGACGAGCUGACAAUAAACGCUAAAACCACGUCUGUGGCGCUGCUGAGGUACACGAGCGCUGAAGACAAACGCACUUCUGCGCAUGCGUUAGGUUUCAUUGCCGUAGGUGUCCUGACAGUGGUUUUUUGCAUUAUUUUAUUUAUCGAUGCGCCCAAUCUUUAUUUAAGUGUGCAGAAUCGUAUCAAAGGGAGUCACUGUAAAUCUGUCCGUUGCUAAAAUAAAGUUAUACAAUUAGGUUAAACUCCCGAAUUCAUGACCAGAUAGAAAACUUAAGGGU